CCCUCACACACACUCUCUCUGCUCUCUCUUUCAGAUAGGCAGCGCAGACGUGGGCAGAGUGUGGGGGUAUAGGAAGAGGAGCGAGCGGGAGGGUAGGUAGUAAUGUGUGUGAGGCUGUCAGACAGCAUGGUCUGGGUCUGAGGACAGCACUGGAAGACGCAGCAACAGCAGCAGCAACAACAGCAACAGCCCUCCACACCUCCAUGUAGACUAGUGUAGUGACAUCCACAGAUCACCUGGACCCACCGGCAGCACCCACCCAGGACAACACCCGCCUCUUCAGGAAGAGCCAAAAGGAAGAAAAGCAGGAGUAACCCACGCUCUGCUUUUCUUCUUUUUUUUGUUUUUCUUUAGUUUUUUGGUUUUGGGAGUGGGCUCCGGGCUGGACCGCAUGCAUGACACAACGCAAAGGCGAGAAACCCACCAUCAGCAUCCAAGAGCACAUGGCCAUUGACGUGUGCCCUGGCCCCAUCCAGCCCAUCAAGCAGAUCUCCGACUACUUCCCCCGUUACCCGCGGGGCCUCCCCCCUGCUGUGCCCCCCCAACACCACGCCGGGUCCCUUCGCUCUGCCCUCUCCUCUUCAUCCUCAUCCUCGGCCGCAACCUCUACCACUGACAGCGACCGCCCCAAUGAGGAUAACCCGGACCGGGCUUUUGCCGGAGCCUCCGCCUCCUCGCAGGCCUCCAGAAAGGACGAGGAGCCCGACGUGGAGGGAUACGACUCGGACGACUCCACUACGCUGGGGACCUUGGACUUCAGUUUGCUGUACGAUCAGGAGAACAACGCACUGCACUGCACCAUUAACAAAGCCAAGCUUCCUAUCCCCAGAUACAAGAAGGGGCUCAAGCCAAUGGACCAUAAUGGGCUGUCAGACCCUUAUGUCAAGUUGCACCUACUGCCCGGAGCCAGUAAGGCCAAUAAACUUCGAACCAAGACCCUGCACAACACACUCAACCCUGUCUGGAGCGAGACCCUGACCUACUAUGGCAUUACAGAUGAGGAUAUGGUCCGCAAAACACUCAGGAUUUCAGUGUGUGAUGAGGACAAAUUCCGACACAACGAGUUCAUCGGGGAAACGCGAAUCCCCUUGAAGAAGCUCAAACCCAACCAAACGAAGAACUUCAACAACUGCCUGGAGAAACAGUUACCUGUCAACAAAACAGAGGAUAAAUCCCUGGAGGAACGAGGACGCAUCAUGAUUUCCCUCAAAUACAACACCCAGAAGUCCUGCUUGGUAGUGGGCAUCAUACGCUGUGCUCACCUCGCUGCCAUGGACGCCAAUGGCUUCUCUGACCCCUACGUCAAAACGUACCUGAAGCCUGAUGAGAACAAAAAGUCAAAGCACAAGACUGCGGUGAAAAAGAAGACCCUCAAUCCUGAGUUCAACGAGGAGUUCUGUUAUGACAUUAAAUAUGCAGACCUCACCAAGAAGACCUUGGAGGUGACCGUGUGGGACUAUGACAUUGGCAAGUCCAACGAUUUCAUAGGUGGUGUAUCCCUGGGCAUCAAUGCAAACGGGGAGAGGCUCAAACACUGGUUUGACUGCCUCAAAAACAAGGACAAGAAAAUCGAGCGCUGGCACACGUUGACCAAUGAAUUACCUGGUUCGUUAAAUGACUAAAGCUCCACCUCCUGCCGUUCGCCCUGUUGGCCCCGCCCCCGCCCUCCUUCCCUGAUGCACCAAAUUGGACUCCUGCCUUCAGAUUCCUCACUGGUCCCAGGUCGUCUCUGGAUUCUCCUCACGUCUGACCUACAGUGACCUGUGACACCUCCUUGGGAAUAUCUUUUCUCAGCAGGGCUCAAAAGAAAAUAUCCAAAUCCUUAGUGUUUGUUUUCAGUUCACCACCUUCACCUAUAUAGUAGGGGUUGCACCACUGUUCACAUACUUUUCUUUUGAGAGAAUUUCACUUAACAAAACUUUUAAGUUGAGCUUUAUGAUUGUGAUUUCUUGUAUAAUCAGUGAAAAUACAAGAAUCCUGUGCAAAAAUCCUUAACAGCAGCUACCUUACUUUACACCUACAGAAACCACAAACACACACACAAAAAAACAC